AUGCCUGACUACUUCUUCCAUGUCGCACUCGAAGUCACCGAGCAGCCUGGUUUGCCAAACCACGAUCUCGAGAGACCUAACAUUUCCCGCUUCUUCACGGCAUUGAAGCCAUUUACCGAUCGCAAGAGGACACAGCGAGAUCCGAAGUACGAUUCACGACGCCUGAGCGUGCGAAAGACGCCUCAAAGUGCGGUGGAAGAUCAUACAUACAAAGUACACGAAUCUGACCCGGAUGACCAUCGCUUCGACACCGUGUACUUGGACGGAAUCGAUAUGGAGGACCGCAGUAAGACAUCAAGGGAAGCUGAUAGCACGAAUGGAGAGCACAAUAUAGUCAGCAAGGGCAUAGGCUCUGCGAUGACGGACUCGUUUCUGAAAGGGCAUUUCUCGCCUGUAGAUCAGAAGGAGAUCGCAACAUCGUCUUGGGGCAUCGUUCACCUAUACCGCGAUGCGGACCCUACACCGUCCCUGUCACUACGUGGAUCAGCACCCUACCAGUACUCAGACCUCUGGUCAAACACACCUCAAUCACAAACAUUGAAGACACCCCAUACGCCACCGGCAGAGUCAGAUUGCACGACGCUAUGUAUCCUAGCGGUCCCCUCGUACAUGACGCCAGCAGACUUCCUCGCCUUUGUCGGAGAGAAGACACGGGAUGCAGUCUCGCACUUCCGCAUGGUCAGAACUCAAAGACAGAACCGCUACAUGGUCCUCAUGAAGUUCCGCGAAGGCAAGAUCGCACGCAAAUGGCAAGCAGAAUGGAACGGCAAGGUCUGGAACGCUAUGGAGCCGGAGACAUGCCAUGUCGUCUUUCUCAAAAGUGUCGAACUGGUUGUAUCGAGUCCAGGCGUCCGCGAAACAGCAGGCUCUGAGAGCACGUUUCCUCAACUGUCUCCAGACCCAUUCGGCUCAUCGGCACCUAUGCGUCCACUACCUCCGCCGACACCAAGUCUCAUCGAGUUGCCGACAUGUCCUGUGUGUUUAGAGCGAAUGGACGAGACUACAGGUCUUUUGACGAUCCCGUGCCAGCACGUCUUCCACUGUACUUGCCUACAGAAAUGGUCCGGUGGUGGCUGUCCAGUAUGUCGGUAUACCCACGACGACUUCUCCUCGCGAGCAGCAGGCAUGGGCAAGAAACGCAAAAAGAAAAUUCUCAACACGGACGGCACCACCUACGAAUACGAGGUCGCCGAUGACGAAGCACUCGAAUGCGAAACCUGUCAUGAAGACGGCGGCAGCCUUUGGCAGUGCCUCAUCUGCGGCCGGGUCGGCUGUGGUCGCUACGAGGGCAAGCAUGCUUACGCCCACUACGAGAAAAGCGGACACAUGUUUGCCAUGGAUCUUGCCAGCAAGCGGGUCUGGGACUAUCGCGGUGACGGCUACGUUCACCGCAUCAUUGUGGAAGAAGGCGUCGCAAACAAAGACGGCACCGAAGUCGGCGUCCGCGAGGUCGGUGCAGACUCCGACUUUGGCAGCGACAACAACUAUGCCACCAGUAAAGGCGACUCGAACCCUAAUCCGACCCUCGAAAACCUUGCUCUCGAAUACACGCACCUCCUAACCAGCCAACUCGAGUCCCAACGCGUCUACUUCGAAGAGAUCCUCGAGCGCGCCGUCGACAAAGCCAGCGACGCGACCCGGAAAGCCGACCGCGCAGAACAAGAAGCUGCCUCCCUGAACGCACGCCUGACAAAACUUGAAUCGGAGAACGACUUCGUCACCAAGGGCCGCGUCCCCGAACUCGAAAAGGAGAACGCUCGCCUCACAGUUCGCGCCCGCAAACUCGAGGACAUGGCGAAGGACAUCAAUACGAAAUACCUCGAGGAGAAAUCGACCUCCAAAGGCCUCCUCACUCGGAUAGAGCAUCUGGAGAACACCGAACUCAAAGCUCUGAAGACCAAGAUCCAGUCAUUGGAGGAGGACAACGCGACCAAGGAUCUCCUAAUGGAAGGCCUCCGCGAGGAACACCGCGACGCUAUGAUGCAGGUCGGUGCUGCGCAGAAGUUGCAGGAUAUGAUUGCGAGGGGCGAGAUCGAGGCUGGAGAGCUGGAGGGGGCGGAGGUGACGGUUGGGAAGAAGCCGUUGACGAGGGCGGAGAGGUUGAGGGAGCGGCUUGACGCUGAGAGGGAGGUGAGGUCUAAGGGCAAGGGCAAGGGAAAGUCAUAG